GUUCUAUGGCAGCACACUGAUGGGCUGGACUCUGCAUGUACUCCUGCUGGGCCUGCUACUGCCAGGGUUGCAGGCCUUUAACCCUUUACUGGGAAACUCCAUCACCCACCAGAAGAUAACGGAGAUGGCCAUCCUGCGCAAAACCGCAGAGGUCUGCCGAGCAUUGGCCGUGGCCGAGGGGAGAGAUUUCCCCUUUCCUACCGGUGGAAGACUGUCUGCAUCUAUAGUGCAGAGAGCCUGCUCACCCGGCUCUCUGGGGUCCACUGUCAAUUUCAAGGCCUCCAUCAUAACAAUGUACUUGAGCAAUGCAGCCGUGGAUAUCAUUUACCUUCUGAGUGAUCGGCACCACUUUGAUGGGGAGGAAUUCAGGGGCGGCCGGGCCCUCAUCACAGAUGGCAUGGCCAGCAUAAAGGCCAAUGUCCGGCAGGAGAAUUUUAUCUCAGCAAGAGUUACCCUGGGGAAGAUCUGCCACACCCUGCAGGAUUUUUACAGUCACAGUAACUGGAUUGAACUGGGAAAAAAGCAUCCAAACACCAACCUGAUCCGACCAGAUGAAAGCAUCGGAAACAUAGCAGAUAAAGACACCCCGACCUGCAGAAGCUGCAUUGGGGGAGACUGCAGGGACAACAUCCUGCCUGAAAUCAUCAGUGAAGGAAAAAUAACAUCUGGGUACUUCGGUAUAUUCUCAUCAUCAAAACCUGCAGGGAAGUGCAGUCAUGGAGGGUUAGCAGACCGUACUAGUCGGCGAGACCCAACUGGCGGGAUCAACAAGGAUGAUGAAGGAGCAGAUCAUGGACAACUUCCUCCAUUUGUUCAUGAGUUGGUCACUCUCACACCCCCUCCCUCUCUCUCUCUCUCUCUCCCCCCUUCACUAUCCCCUCUGGUUCCCAGGCUCAUGGGUAUUACUCGUUCUGUGCUAUGUUUUGUGAUUGACACCACGGACGGCAUGGCUGAUGACAUUGUGGAGGCAAAGAGGGUGGCAUUUUCAAUCAUCGACAGUAAGAAAGGCACUGAGGAUGAGCCAUCCUCCUACAUCCUGGUGCCCUUCAAUGACCCAGGAGUUGGACCUCUGACUCGGACAAGUAGCUCCGACAUCUUUAAGCAGAGGAUUAAUGCUCUAAUUGCAACUGGUGGGGGUGACGAGCCAGAGAUGAGUCUAUCAGGACUGCUGCUGGCUCUCAACAGUGCCCCUGCAUCCUCUGAGAUUUUUGUGUUCACCGAUGCCUCGGCCAAAGAUGUUCACCUGAGGAGCACAGUCAUUGCUCUGAUUGAGAGCACCAAGUCAGUUGUGAACUUCUUGUUGACGAAUGCUCUCUCAGCUCGGCGUCGAAGGGACAGUAAUGGCAAUGUUAGCACCCGCAUGAGUCCCCUGGGGAAUCAGCUGUACCAGGAACUGUCCGAGGCAUCUGGGGGGCAGGCCAUAGUGGUCACCAAGGACACGCUGCCCCAAGCCACUGACAUCAUUGUGGACUCUUCCACCACAGGCCUGGUGACAGUUCUCCAGGUGGUGAGGAAUCCAGGAAGAACAGAUAAUUUCAGCUUUACAGUAGAUGCAUCCUUGAGGAACAUUACCACAUACCUCACUGGCAGCUCUCUCACCUUCAGUCUCAUCAGCCCGUCAGGUGUGUCUCAGAGCAGUUCUGCUUCAGACGGGCCCCUGGGUACAAUAAAGGUAGUAGGGAACCUGCACACGAUUCGCUUGGACACCCAAACAGGAUUAUGGGAAAUCAGAGUCACCUCAACACAACCAUACACUCUGAAGGUCACAGGGCGAAGCAGCAUAGAUUUUGUCUACAACAUUGUAGAGGACCUUGAGGGGUCGGGGAGUGAUUUCACCUUGAAAGAGGGUCGUCUCCAGGCAGGUGGGAAUGGCACCUUGUUGCUGUCUGUGGUGGGUGGGGAUUCCCUCACAGUGACAGAGGUGUCCCUGGUGGAGGUAUCUGGUUUGAGGGUGGAAAACAGCACCUUGAAGCCAUUGGGGGAAGGGGAUUAUCUGGUCUCUGUGGAGAAGGUCCCGGAUGAAAGUUUUGUUAUUCUGUUGAAGGGGGUGGAUGGGAUGCUCCGGUCCCCCCAGAACAGCUUCCAGAGGCAGUCCAACACCCAGCUGAGGGCUUCCACCCUGACUCUCACAGCCUUGGCUAAUGGCACCAUGGAACCUGGGGUGCAAUUCACUGUUCCUUUCACUGUGUGGUCCAAUGGGACGGCGGGACAUUACACCAUCCGCUCCCGAGACGACAGGGGAUUCAUCACCUCUGCACCAUCCAGCCUGCCUUUGGAUAGCGGGGGAAGCGCUCAGGGGUCAGUACAGCUGGAGGCUCCUGGCAGUACAUCCUCAGGCACAGACGUCACACUCACCAUUGAGGCUGAGUCCCCCAGUGGCGGCAACUCCAACUAUGUGGUGCUCCGCCUCACUGUCCUCAACCAGGUGACAGACUUCAGCCGACCUGUGUGCCAGGUAGAGAGCGUGAGCAGCAACUGCUCCAUGAACUGCAGUGAAUCCAGGUGGGAGCUUUCCGCCAGCCUGACGGACGGGAACGGGACAGGCAUCCAAACAGUGUCAUUGCGCUUGGGGGAUGGCACCCUUGACACCACCACCUCCCUGGGGGAGGGGGGCAUCAACAUCACCUUUGCAACAUACAAUGCCUCCUGCUGCUCGCCAAAUGUAGAGUUAGUGGCGGUGGAUGCCGUGGGCAACGUGGGCACAUGCUUCCAUUCCAUCAGAGCCACACCAACCCCUGCCCCCAGCAGUGCUACUGCCCUCAGGGUGCUGCUCCUCCUCAUUUCCACUGCCCUCCUGUCUGCCUUUCAGGCCUGAACCACACUCAGGAGCUCUAAUAAUGAGGCUAGUAACCUGUGGGCACUCCUUAGAUAGCAACUUCUGCAUAUUUCAGCCAUUCAUAAACAAAUUAUCUUCAUAUCUUCUUUGCUUGGAAAUGAUUUGCCAUAAAUUUCCUUCAAGUCAUCCUCCUUUAAGAAUACAUUAUGCUAGAACACACCAAUUAGUUGGUCAGCCAUAUUGAACGUUGUAGCUUGUGGCAUUGCUGUGAUGUCUGUCAAGAGGGCAUUAUGAUUAGGCAGAUGAAUAGUAUCACAAAUUAAAACUUUCAUGUUUCAUGUGCAAGAGUUUUUGAACAAGACAUGAGAUCGUAUUUGUUUAUUAAUAUGCAACUUAAUUGUGCAAAUAAAUUACGGCCUUUAGACUGUCAUGGCUCGCAUCAAAUUCAAAACAUUGGUGCUAGCCUUCCAAGCAGUUAAGGGGUCUUCCCCAGCUGACUGGACUCCCCCAUGUCAAUAAUUGUACAUUAUAUCAAUAUACUUUAAUAAAAGAAUCUCCACUUUA